CUCCCGCUUCCCGGCUCCCGACACCUCCAGGAAGCGUCCGCCCGAGGUCGCGGGCCGCUCGCCGCCAACGGGCGGGCUGGGGAGUCAGCAGCACAGCAGGCCCCGAGCCGGAGCCGCCGCCCCCGUCCGUCCCGGCGCCGCACGCAGUAACUGCUCUCCAAUGGGUACGGAGUGAAAGGGGCGGCCGCGGGGCCGAGCGGCCCCCGUUACCUACCCCGCGCCUCACCCCCGGCCCGCGGGUCGCUGGGAGGGCGCGGGCGCGCUCGCCACGCCCCACCGCGGUUCCGGCCGGUCCACGUGACCGCGCGCGCACGUGCUCCGGCCUCUCGCUGCGAGUCGCCACCUAGGCCGGGCCACCCCCGGCCACUUCCCACCUGGAGCCGACGUAGGCCGGGCGCGGGAGGCUGCGGGCAGCGAAGCGGCGGAGACGCGGGGCUGAGCAGCAGGCCGGGGUCGGCGAGCAGAGGCUUCGCCAUGAACCCCAGGGGCUUGUUCCAGGACUUCAACCCGAGUAAGUUCCUCAUCUACGCCUGCCUGCUGCUCUUCUCGGUACUGCUGCCCCUCCGCCUGGACGGCAUCAUCCAGUGGAGCUACUGGGCCGUCUUCGCCCCCGUAUGGCUGUGGAAGCUCCUUGUCAUCGCAGGCGCCUCGGUGGGUGCGGGCGUUUGGGCCCGCAACCCUCGCUACCGCACGGAGGGAGAGGCCUGCGUCGAGUUCAAAGCCAUGUUGAUCGCCGUGGGCAUCCACCUGCUCCUGCUCAUGUUCGAAGUCCUGGUCUGCGACAGGGUGGAGAGAGGGAUCCACUUCUGGCUGCUGGUCUUCAUGCCGCUCUUCUUCGUAUCGCCGGUAUCCGUGGCUGCCUGCGUGUGGGGCUUUCGACACGAUCGGUCACUUGAGCUGGAGAUCCUGUGCUCUGUCAACAUCCUGCAGUUUAUCUUCAUCGCCCUAAAGCUGGACAGGAUUAUCCACUGGCCGUGGCUGGUGGUGUUCGUGCCCCUCUGGAUUCUCAUGUCGUUCCUCUGCCUGGUCGUCCUCUACUACAUCGUCUGGUCGCUCCUGUUCCUGCGGUCUCUGGAUGUGGUUGCGGAACAGCGAAGGACACACGUGACCAUGGCCAUCAGCUGGAUAACGAUUGUCGUGCCCCUACUCACUUUUGAAGUUCUGCUAGUUCACAGAUUGGAUGGCCACAAUACAUUCUCUUACAUCUCCAUAUUUGUCCCCCUUUGGCUUUCAUUAAUAACUUUAAUGGCCACAACAUUUAGGCGAAAAGGGGGCAACCAUUGGUGGUUUGGUAUCCGCCGAGAUUUCUGUCAGUUUCUGCUUGAAAUUUUCCCAUUUUUAAGAGAAUAUGGGAACAUUUCAUAUGACCUACAUCAUGAAGAGAGUGAAGAUGCUGAAGAAACAUCUGUUCCAGAUGCUCCUAAGAUUGCUCCAAUGUUUGGAAAGAAGGCCAGGGUAGUAAUAACGCAGAGCCCCGGAAAGUAUGUUCCCCCACCUCCCAAGUUAAAUAUUGAUAUGCCAGAUUAAACUCGUCGUCUCCGUAGUGCCCAGAUGUGGCAUAGAAAGCAUACACACACGCCCAAAAUCUACCUUGCGUCUGCCUCUUUUUUCAUCCAUCCCAAACCUGGAACGGAAAACAGGCUCCACACACCGCCAUCUCACCCCUUGUAGGAGAUGGAUGCCCGUCGGUGACUUACCAGUGUGCCAGCCGUAGAUGUAGGAGGUUAUUUGGCUAUAUGGCUGUGGGGGGGGGGGGGGGGGGGGUGUUACGUGUCAGAGAACUUGCUUUCCAAGUUGAUGCUUAAAGAGCUAGCUGGGAGCAGUAAGACGAAUUGUUCUGGUAGGUCCUCAAGUGGAAUAACUACACAGCUGGGGUGUUUUCUAAGUGGUACUACACCGAUCAAAAGUAUUGUGUUAAAAAGUAUUUUUAUACAAUGCUAGCCUAAAAUUGUAUUGCAGAUUGUGCCUGUUGUGACAUAAUCGAUAGCAAAUGUAAAGAAUUCUCUCGCCUACCAUUAGUUCAUAAACCUCAUAGUUGUUCUUUUUAGUGUUCCUACUGUUAAAAUGGUUUUCUGGGGGGUUUACUGAAAACGUCUUUGAUAGCCUAAUAGAUGAAUUUUUCUAAUGCAGUGAAUCCAUGCAUAUAUGAUAUUUAUAUGAAUAUUUUAGCAAUGUAAUAUAUUACGUUGAAUUCUAGUUCUAUGCCGUACAAUGUAUUGUGUUAAAGUAUUUUUUUAAGUUUAUAUGUGAAGAUAUAUGUCUAUUGCAGAUGUCCUUAAAGAUUGCUUAAAACAUUAAUAUGUACCCAAUGUGGGAUCUCUCAAAGCAGAAGGCAUGAAUAUAGGGAUUGAAAAUCCCAAUAAGCGUAAUAUUCAGGUGUUAGAUGACUCAGUCUGCACAGUUAUAAAGUAUAGAAGGAGCCACCAUCCUUUGGGAACAGGUGGCAUGUUCCAGUGUGGUACCAAGCCAUAAAGUGACAAUUAUCACCUUGAAUUUUUCCACACAGUAGUAACACCUCUUCAGGAACAACCAAAGUAAGCAACAAGUGGUUUGUCCAUUUCUAAGAAUCUUAAAGAGUAAUAGUUGGCUAUAAUAUAAAGUAUUAACUUGUCAUUGGAAAGCUGGAGACAGUGGCCUUCAUCAAAGAUAGCCAAUAGGGCCAGGUAUUAUUUUAAGGUGCAAACUUUUUGAUCUGUCAGCAACAGGGAAAUAAUAGUUCAGGGUUUUUUUUUUUUGUUAAAAAUAAGUACAAUGUUUCUUUAGGUACUGGUGGUACACCAGGGAAUCCAAAGGGCAAAAAUCAGAUCCUGGGAGCAUACUGUUCUUCUGCCUGAGAACAAAUAAAUACUUUCAAAAGGAGAUUAAAAUAAAAAAAGAGCAUUGAUAUUAUUACCAGGGAAAAGAUUGGAGGGAAUUCAUUUUUAUUAGCAAUUUAGUACAAAUGAUUUAAAUUGGGCACCAUAUGAAUUAAGUAAAUAAAUUACCUGGUGAGGAAGGUAAUGCAAAUUCUAG